AUUAGCCCCUAACCUCGCUGUCACUCUCUAUCAUCCCACCGCCAGCAGCCUCUCAUCCUCUCCCUCCCUCUCCUGGGCCAUCUCUAUCUCCCUCUCGCUCUCAUUCUCCCCGCCCACCGCGCGCGCACCCGCCCGCCCCUCUCCGGACCGUGCUCGCGGCUGCUGGGGAGUCGGGGGCGCGCAGGAGCCGGCGGACAGACACAGCCUGAUUGCCCGCCGAGCGCGUUCCUGCCAGCCUGCCUCAGUCACACGGCCGGGCACUCAGCGGGCACUCCGCGGGCACUCACCGGGCUGGGGGUCGGCUCACAGGCUUUCCUUGCUGCUCCGGGCGUUGCCCCCCGAUAGGCUGCGGGGAAGAUGCCUGCCGUGUCCAAAGGAGAUGGGAUGCGGGGCCUGGCUGUCUUCAUAUCGGAUAUCAGGAACUGUAAAAGCAAGGAAGCUGAAAUAAAGAGGAUAAACAAAGAGCUGGCUAAUAUACGUUCCAAAUUUAAGGGAGACAAAGCUUUGGAUGGAUACAGCAAGAAGAAAUAUGUCUGCAAGCUGCUCUUCAUCUUCUUACUUGGCCAUGACAUCGACUUUGGUCACAUGGAAGCCGUGAACCUAUUGAGCUCCAACAAGUAUACAGAGAAACAGAUUGGUUACCUUUUCAUUUCCGUACUAGUGAACUCAAACAGUGAGCUGAUUCGACUCAUCAACAAUGCCAUAAAGAAUGACCUAUCCAGCCGAAACCCCACUUUCAUGGGCCUGGCUUUGCACUGCAUCGCAAAUGUGGGCAGUCGAGAAAUGGCUGAAGCUUUUGCUGGUGAAAUCCCUAGAGUUCUGGUGGCUGGGGACACGAUGGACAGUGUUAAACAGAGUGCAGCCCUUUGUCUUUUGCGUCUGUACCGCACCUCACCUGACCUUGUGCUCACAAGCGAAUGGACGUCACGAGUAGUGCAUCUUCUUAAUGAUCAGCACCUGGGUGUAGUAACUGCUGCAACCAGUCUUAUCACUACAUUGGCACAGAAGAAUCCUGAAGAGUUCAAGACCUCUGUAUCCCUAGCUGUCUCACGACUGAGCAGGAUUGUCACUUCAGCCUCUACAGAUUUGCAAGAUUACACUUACUACUUUGUUCCUGCUCCUUGGCUGUCUGUGAAGCUGCUAAGGCUGUUACAGUGUUAUCCUCCCCCAGAGGACCCUGCAGUUCGAGGCCGGCUAACAGAGUGUUUGGAGACAAUUUUAAAUAAGGCCCAAGAGCCACCAAAAUCCAAGAAGGUGCAGCAUUCAAAUGCCAAGAACGCAGUUCUGUUUGAGGCUAUCAGUCUUAUUAUCUACCAUGACAGUGAACCCAACCUGCUGGUCCGAGCGUGUAACCAACUUGGCCAGUUCCUGCAGCAUCGGGAGACCAAUCUCCGUUAUUUAGCUUUGGAGAGCAUGUGCACCCUGGCCAGUUCAGAGUUCUCUCACGAGGCAGUCAAGACGCACAUUGAAACAGUGAUCAAUGCACUAAAGACAGAGCGGGAUGUGAGUGUGAGACAGAGAGCGGUGGAUCUCUUGUAUGCGAUGUGUGACCGAAGCAAUGCUCAGCAGAUUGUGGCUGAAAUGCUCAACUAUUUGGAGACUGCAGAUUACUCCAUCAGAGAGGAGAUUGUACUAAAAGUAGCAAUUCUGGCGGAAAAGUAUGCUGUAGAUUACACCUGGUAUGUGGACACAAUCCUGAACCUAAUCCGUAUUGCUGGCGACUAUGUAAGCGAGGAGGUGUGGUACCGUGUCAUCCAGAUUGUUAUCAACAGAGAUGAUGUGCAGGGAUAUGCUGCCAAGACUGUGUUUGAGGCUCUUCAGGCUCCUGCAUGUCAUGAAAAUCUUGUUAAGGUUGGAGGAUACAUCUUGGGGGAAUUUGGUAAUCUCAUUGCUGGUGACCCACGUUCUAGUCCUCUGAUUCAAUUUAACUUGCUGCACUCCAAGUUCCACCUUUGCAGUGUUCCCACCCGGGCCCUGCUCCUUUCUGCUUAUAUCAAGUUUAUCAACCUGUUUCCUGAAAUUAAGCAGACUAUCCAGGAUGUGCUCCGCAGUGACAGCCAGCUCAGGAACGCCGACGUGGAACUGCAGCAAAGAGCUGUAGAGUAUCUGCGUCUCAGCUCAAUUGCUAGCAAUGACAUUCUGGCCACUGUUUUGGAGGAGAUGCCCCCUUUCCCUGAAAGAGAAUCUUCUAUCCUGGCAAAACUGAAGAAAAAGAAGGGACCCAGCACAGUGACAGACUUAGAGGAAAUCAAGAAGGAGAAAAGCACUUCAGAUGUGAAUGGGGGCACUGAGCCCGCCCCUACCAGCACAGCGCAACAACAACGCUCCAUUCCUUUCAGUGUGUUUGAAGAUCAGCUACUAUGUGCAGUGCGUCCACGUCCAUUAUCUCUCCUGGCCUCCAUGGCUUCGAGUGUCCCUUACCCACUUUCUGGCAUUAAUCAACCUGUUGCAACCCCACCAAUCUUCCAGUCCACUCCAUCUCCUUCAGCUGACCUUCUAGGUCUGGGUGCUCUUUCUGCUACCAGUCCUGUGGCGUCGUCUGCUGCAGGGUUAUUGGUCGAUGUCUUCGCUGAUGCCUCCCUACCUGUUGCUGCUGUUUCUUCAGGUGCAGAAGAUAACUUUUCAAGUGAUGUCCAAACUCCCCCAGAAGGGGUAUCAGGGGAUUCGGACUCCUCUGUGCAUGAUGGAGAGGAUUUCUUCCACAAGUUUAUAUGUAAGAAUAACGGUGUUCUAUUUGAGAAUCAGCUGCUCCAAAUUGGACUGAAAUGUGAAUUUCGGCAAAAUCUGGGUCGUAUGUUUAUCUUCUAUGGCAACAAGGUGUCAGCUCAGUUUCAGAACUUCACUCCUACCUUAAUAUGUUCUGAUGAUUUGAGUUCCAAUCUGAAUCUUCAGUCUAAACCAGUUGAACCCACCGUUGAUGGAGGGGCUCAGGUGCAGCAAGUGGUUAACAUCGAAUGUGUGCAAGAAUUCUUGGAAGUUCCUGUUCUAAAUAUCCAGUUCAGAUAUGGAGGAACGUUCCAGAAUUUUUCUGUCAAGUUGCCCAUCACUCUGAACAAGUUUUUUCAACCUACAGAAAUGACGGCUCAGGAUUUCUUUCAGCGCUGGAAGCAGCUCAGCAGUCCCAACCAAGAGGUUCAGAAUAUAUUUAAGGCAAAUCAUCCGAUGGAUAAUGAAAUCACAAAGGCAAAGCUCAUUGGAUUUGGUCCUGCUCUGUUAGAAAAUGUCGAUCCGAACCCAUCCAAUUAUGUGGCAGCUGGAAUCAUCCAGACAAAGUCACGACAAGUGGGAUGCUUACUGCGCCUUGAACCCAAUGUGCAGGCUCAGAUGUACCGGCUUACAAUACGCACAAGUAAAGAAGAGGUGUCCCAGAGAUUAUGUGACCUGCUCUCCGAGCAGUUUUAAUCCGAAAUCAUGCUGGCCACAAAAUCCUUGUCUUUGUGAUCUCCCUUACUGCCAGUUCCUUAUCAUCUCAGUGAAAAUAAAUAUUCCUUACACA